AUCAUAGGUAUCUCUUAACAUAAAUACAUAUAGUGUUGAGACAAGUGAUUAGUAUUUCCACAUUCCACCUUCCUUCCCCUGGCUAUAUCAUAUCAGCCACUUUUGAGUCACUUCCUUCCCGAAUCACCUGAGGAUAGCAGGAGGAGCAUGAAACCUCGAGACCUAGCUGGAAUUUUGAAUAGGUGCAGCUUGACCGUUCCCAAUCUGCCAACGCAUUCCCUGCUGAAGCAAAAGACGGCCAUAAAGUAUACUCUACCAGCCCCAUGAAGGAUGGGACCGCACCGUUGUUGUGGGAAAGAAUCUUGUCGGGAAAUAUUUUCAUUUAUAGAUCUGGACCAAGAGCGAUUGAGAUUCGUUAAGGAUUUGCCACCCAAUUUUGGUGAGAAGUGCCUGAUUAAAGUCCUCGAACCUAUGUAAACCCAUCUCUCUCUCUCUCUCUCUCUCUCUCUCUCUCUCUCUCUCUCUCUCUCUCUCCCCCCAUAUGCUUGUUCCUACACAUAUUACGCCAGGACAUCCAUUGGAUACGUGACCUUCCCCCCUUAAACCCCCCCACAAAAACCUCGUGGCUGUUUAUCCAAGAGACGACAAAGGGAUAACGGGAGCUUGAAACACGACAUCACGUGGAGGGGGAGUGAGCACGCAACUGACUUGAUCAACGCCUCUUUUGCUACCCAAGUUAACAUUCUCUGCUUCCAUCCUUGCGGUCGUUGAAGCAAUUUUUCCUCCAGAAACCAUAACGUCGCCAUCUUAGACUGAGGGAUAAGGGUCGGAGGCCCAAGUAUUUAUCUUGAACCCCCAGCGCCCCUACCCAAGAUCUGAGCUCUUGCACUAGCUAUGGAAUCCACCAAUAGCUAAAACAAUAAAUCAUAAGCAUGCAUGCUCCAUAGGAAAAACACCUCAGUGUAAAAUUCUUAUUCAACCAAGUAUAAUCUCCUAAAUUCAUGUUUACAUUAAAUAGGUAUGGAAUAAAAACUAAAGAAAACACUGAAAAAGGAAAAUCCACACAGCAGAUCCGAUCCCUGGUCGUGCAAUCUCUAAUAAGGGAUUUAAUUUCAAGCAACCGGGGCAUCUCUGCUUCUGUUCCUCGGUCUAUCUGGGAGAUCCCUGAUCGGGGAAUCGGAUCUCUCAUGGUCGGGGGGAAAUCACAUCACAAAGGGUUUCAAAAACCAAACAACUGACGCCUACAUCAAGUUUUUUAUGCUAAUGUAUCCAUGGUCGUAGUUUGGCGCUCUCGCUGAAUCUUCAUAAGUGUAGGAGUUCCAUAACUUAGAUUUAGGGUUAAAGACACAUUUGGUCACUGAGAUUACUAAAUCGGGACAUGUUUAGUCACUAGAAAAAGUUAAUAUCAAAUUUGGUCACUAUAAUUACUAAAACGGGACACAUUUAGUCACUCUCCAUUAGUUGCCGUCCGACUCCGUAAAAGACUUGGUUAUGUGCUGACAUGGCUUACGUGAGCGCCUAGUCAGCGCCUUUUUGGGCCGGAAAUGGUCAAACCCGACCCGACCCGCCACAUCACUAAACCAACCAUAUCAUAAACCCAACCCAUGAACCCAACCCGACCCUGAACCAAACCCGACCCUCUUAACAAAACAAAUCCGCCAUCUCUCUCCUCCUAGCAGAUCAACAUGAGGAUUUUGCUCUCCCCCAGCAGCUGCCGGCAUCGGUGCCAACCUGCUCUCGCGUCCAACACUUGCUCUACAUCCUCCACGAGCUCCUCCAAACCCAGAAGCGCCAACCACCGUCGUCGACCUCUGAUUCCUCGCCCACCACUUAUCCUCUGCUUCUCCCCCGCUACCACCAUGGAAACCAACCAGAUCCGAGAAACCCCAUUCUCGAUCAGACCUCUGAUCCCUCACCCACCACUUAUCCCCUACUUCUCCCCUGCUGCCGCCAUGGAAACCAACCAGAUCCGAGAAACCCCAUUCUCGAUCAGACCUCUGAUCCCUCACCCACCACUUAUCCCCUACUUCUCCCCUGCUGCCGCCAUGGAAACCAACCAGAUCCGAGAAACCCCAUUCUUGAUCGAACCUCUGAUCCCUCGCCCAUCACUUAUCCCCUGAGUUCUUGAAAACCCUAAUCUCGACGAGAGAACAGAGUUCUUGAAAACCCAUUAACGUAGUCAUACUCCUCCUCGUCCAACCCGCAAUCGAAGUUGAGGACGUAGCUAUCGACGUUGUAAUUGAACUUCUGAAACUUCCAUCAAUUGAACUUCUGAUGCUGCUGGUUUUCGCCUUCCCUUGUUUUCACUCCUCCCCUGUUUUGUAUCAGAAGGUAAUUGUUGCUUUCGUCGUUGGCGAAUUUGUUCUCCCAUCCAGAGAAUAAGGAACGAGAGGUAGAAGCUUGUGAGAGGUGGAGGUGGGGAGAUGAGGAACGAGAGGAAGGAGAAGUGAGGCGGGUUUGCUUUUGUUAAAUGGGUCGGGUUUGGUUCAGGUCGGGUUGGGGUUAUGAUAUGGUGGGUUUAGUGACGUAGCGGGUCGGGUUUGACCAUUUUCGGCCCAAAAAGGCGCUGACUAGGCGCUCACGUUAGCCACGUCAGCACAUAACAGAGUGUUUUAACGGAGUUGGACGACAACUAACGACGAGUGACUAAAUGUGUCCCGUUUUAGUAAUUAUAGUCACCAAAUUUGAUAUUAAAAUUUUUUAGUGACU